AUGCACAAGCUGCUGGAGAGGGUCGGGGCACGCGUGUUCGGCUUCUCGGCCCGGGAGGCGUACCUGCUGCUGGCCGCGGCCGCCCGGCUGCCCGGCCGCCCGCCGCCGCGCCUCGCCGCGCUCGCGGGCCGCUGCCUGGAGCAGCUGCUCGAGGACGGCGAGGACCUGACGGACGAGCAGCUGGGGCACGCGCUCGUGCUCGCCGCCCACUUCGAGGGCGCGCCAGGCUGCCGCGCAGCCGCGGCGGCGCUGCGGGAGGAGCAGGCCCGGCUGCUGCGCGUGAGGCUUGCAACAGGCGCGCGGGCGCCCAGCUCCAAGGCGCUGAGCCUGGCUGCCGCGGGGCUCGCGCGGGGGCGGCGCCCGGGGGCCGGCCGCGAGCUGCUGGAGGCCCUGGCGGAGGAGGAGUGGGCAAGGCGCAGAGAGUGCGGGGAUGGAGCGGAGGGAGUUUUGGCGGACGAGGACGAGGCGGGGGUGGGUGAGGAUUCGCUGCUGGAUUUUAUCGCGGAUGUGCAACAGGGCGCCGUGCUGGCCGUCCUGGUCCUCCUGGGCGCAUCUGCGGUGUGGGGCCCUGCGAGGGUCACCUCGGCCUCCUCUGGCCAGCGCCCCACGGCGGGGACGCCUCCAGACUUCCGCGGGGCGCGGGCCUCGGCAGACCCCGAUCCGGCCGACCCCGGGGAACGGCGGGUGUGGGAGCUUUCCCACACCGAGAACCAGCGCGCCUUCAUGAUGGCUAUAGGCUACAGCCGCUUCAUGGCGCAGGGGAGUUGGGAGUCUCCCGCCUCGGCGGAGGUCGGCGUGCAGUUCCUGCCGAGGUCCAUCCCCAUGCACGAUGAUGCGGGCCGGCCGGUGCUGCUCCUCAACCCGCGCUUCGAGGGCAGCGUCCUGAAGUCGGGUGGCUUGUACGUGGACCAGGGUCACGAGGUGACGGUGGACCGCUACAUGGAGGACGGCCGCAUGGUGGAGCAUGCGAGGUACCCUGCGAAGGGUGUAGAGAUGCGUCGCAUUUUCCAGAAGGUAGACGCUCGCGCGCGAGGCAGUGAUACUUGCACGGCGUAG